AUGAGACCCCAGUUGAGCAGCACGCGCGGAACUGAAGAUGCCAAUUUAUGUUUUGCCGAAGGGGUGAGACAUUGGGGUUCCCCUUCGAAGGGGGGAUCCACAUCCAUCGCCAAUGCGGAAAGUGAAGCCCCCCACACAAAUUCCGUACGCGAAAGUGAUAGCGGCAUUCCCUGGGACACCCCGAAAAACGAAGCACUGAUGAGAAUCAUAACCGAACCAACUGACCACCUGAUGAUACGAAACGAAAGGCGUUUUUGCGACUUCCUGUGGGUAGUAGCCAAGUCAGGAAAAGGAGGAGAACCAAAUUAUAAAAGACGAAGGAGUAAAAAGUUAAAGGGUGAAGGAUAUGGAGGACACGGAGGAAAUGUCAUUCUGAAAAGUAAAAGAAGCGUUUAUGAUUUAAUCAAAAUAGAACAAAAGGUUAAAGCAAAUGAUGGAGAAAAUUUUAAAGAAAAUAGCCGAGGAAAGGAUGGUAGUGACAAAGUAGUAUUUGUCCCUGUAGGAACAAUUGUGCGGAAGAGAGUUUACUGUAAAAAAAAUGAAAAUAAUAGGAAGAUAUAUAAGAGUAUUUUUUGGCAUCAAUUUUUAAAAGAAAAUGAAGAAUUGUUGGUAGCUCGAGGAGGAAAAGGAGGCAUAUCAUAUUCUUUUUUUAAAAAGCAUGAUUAUAGAUUACCUGAGAAGGGGGAGAAGAUGCUCCUCGAAUUGGAGCUCCGACUACUGAACGAUGUAGCCUUUAUUGGCAUUGAGAACAGUGGGAAAACAUCCCUCUGUAGUAGCCUUAGUAGAUACUAUGGGAACAUUAGUAGCCACAUAUUUAGCACCACCAUACCACACGUCUCCAAUAUUAACUACAUCGAUGGGGUCGAAAUAACCCUGCUGGAUACCCCCUUCUUGUUUCAUAACGCACACAAGGAUUGCAGCCGGGGAAAGAGAAUCCUCAGACAUCUGUACAGAAGCAAGCUUAUCGUUUACGUCAUCGACGUUGCGAGUGACAAACUUGAAAAUGUGGACGACACACAGGUGGAGGACUAUUACACGGAGAGCCUAAAGGGGGGGAAUGGCAGGGCGGGGGAAGGGAUAGGCGCGGUAGACGCGGUGGAGGGGAUGGAAGCGGUGGAAGGGAUAGGCGCGGUGGAAGGGAUAGACGCGGUGAAACGGAUGGACACGAUGAAACGGAUGGACGCGAUAGACGAGGGGGAGGAGGAAGAAUUAAAGCCACACACACACAGGGACAACCCCAGUGAACAGAAAAGUAACCAUGUGCACACAUCAAACGAAGCCCGUGCCAACCUAAAGGACUACCAUAACGAUACAAUAAAGCAAAUAAAAAUGCUACGAAAUGAACUCUUCCUUUUCAAUCCGGAUUACUUAAAGAAAAAAGAACUUGUAGUUGCCACCAAGUGUGACAUGCUACACAAAAACGCCCUACUCAAUCUAGACUCUCUUUAUUUCCGUCUCCAAAAUUUGUUCCCCCAUAUAGAAGUUAUUGGGACCUCUGCCAAGUUCGGCCUAGGCAUAAAGCUCCUCAGCAGGAAAAUACGAGACCUUAUCUACCCUCAGGACAUCCUACACAGUCACAAAAUGUAUGCCAAUAAUAUAGAGGACUAUGUCAUUCCUACGCACAGUCACAUCAGGGAGGGACAACGGCGGUUGCAGAAUUAUGAGCUACCAGAAAAUAUCAAACACAUCUACGACCAUAACUACAUGGAAAACUUCGACUACUUUUUGAAGAAGCCUCGCGGGAAGAGGCAUGAUGUGAGUGUUAGCAACUCUGGAGAUGGUAAAAAUUGGUUAACGGGGGAUGGUAGAGGAGGUGCCACUUCCUAG